UGUCCGUCUGCCUGCCUGCCUGCCUGUCUGUCUGCCUGCCUAUCCGCCCGCCUGCCUACCUGUCUGUCUGUCUACUACCCGAUCGUCGUCCGCUCGUCAACUCGCCCGUGUCCAUACUUCCGUACCGUAUCAGAGGAUCAGGUGGCGACAUUCUUAUCGCGGCUGGUAUCAGUGACGGUUUCAUUGGUCGCGGCUCUAUCUUACACACAGCCUCGUCACAUGGACCGCGCGGCACGUACGUGAAUGCAACAAAAUAUGCUGCGAACGGCCGUCCCUGCUGUUGUUGCUGCCGCUCCUCGCGUGUUGAACGUUCCCGUGCCGGGAGAGCGUGCCCGUCCUGUGAAAUCGCACGACGGGCAUUUACUCCCGCAUCUCGAGCCUGUCGUCGUCGUCAUCGCCGUUCUCGCGCGCCAGGAGAAUACCUUGGCGGACUGACAAGCGCGCGCGCGCGCACACGCACGAACGUACUCAGGCACGCACGCACGCUCGACACCAGACUUCGUCGCCGUCGUGCUCUCAGCAUCGGGUCCAAAUGGAAGCGGAGAUAUAGGUUAGCUCGUCUUCUCACGCCUCGAGGAAGGUCGCGCUAUUUUUCCGAGAUACGCGAGGAUGCCGAGAGCAGGCAUCCGCGCGACGUGAUGUCGCGCGGACCGCUGCCUCCUCGCCAGCGUUGCGGCCAGACGCCACGCGACGUCCGUGCGAGAUCGGUCACCGCGACGACGACGGUGUGAAAUAACUUCGCUCGCUGGACAGACUGGAAGACAGAUCGCCAUAGUCCACCCUCCCUCACGUCGUUAUCACUCGUUCCCCGAAGACUCGAAUUAAUUCUCAUAUUCCUCCUAACAUCCAUCGCUACCACGAUGACGUACCACCGAUGUGGUCGUGUAUCGUCGAGGAACGUUCGAGCGUCAAGGCGGCCGAGCUCGAGUGCUUGAUAAAAAAAAACAAAAAGGGCUCGCUCGUGGUUUCGUGUUGCCCGCGUUCCACGCGUGUCGUAUAUGUGCUGGUUGUCACAGACUGAAUGCCGCUCGUCGUAACACUGCCGUUGCCAUGAUGCCGGGCAUCGUUCUUGGCAGGCCGAAUUACCAGUGAUCAUUGUACACCACGAACACUAUACCUUUAUAUAUAUAGAUAUAUAUGUCGCAGCUGGAUUAAAGCUAGGUCCCGGAGGGCCUAGCAUGGGCCACUAUGAAUCCACCUGCGGUCAGCAAAUUGAGCACCCGCGGCUCCGGUUAUCAUCAGAAAGCGCUCGCUGAGAUCCGCAACUCCUUGCUGCCGUUCGCGAAUAUCGGCGGGGCCGGUGAAGUGGGCUCCAGCGCCGCCAGCACCAUCUCCACGCUAUCGACGACCAGUGGCAUCAGCUCCGCGUCGGGUCUCAGCGGGCUGUCCGGCGCCUCGGGCUCAACCGUCGACAAGCCGGACCAACGGCAGGCGUUGGGCCAGCUGUUGGCCAUGGGGUACUCGGAGGAGAUCGGGAUGCGCGCCCUCAAGCUCGGCGGCUGGCGAUUGGACGCGGCGAUCGAGUUCCUGAAGCAGGUCCAGGGGGACUCGUUGAACGGGCUCGGCAAGCUGAACACCAAGCUGAUACGGAAACCGAGCCUGGAGAGAGAGCUCAGCCUGCAGCGCGGCAGUCCGGCGUUGGACAGCGGUGCGGGCAGCUCGCGGUCGGACAGUCCGCGUCUCACCGAGCUCAGUCCGCAUCCCCAGCUCAGCCGGCAAUACUCACCGAGCAAUUUCGUCGAACCGCCCCCGCCUCCGCCGCCUCGAUGCAGCUCCACACCGCCGCCGCCGCCGCCGCCCCACGCCCCGUACAGCCAGCCGAACGUGCCGACGAAUAUGCAGCAGAUGCUGAAGCGGAUGUCGCCGGCGCCGGUGGUGCCGACGAGAUCGCCGGCCGCCGCGCCCGUCGCCACGACCUCGGUGAACCCGCCGCAGCGUGGCACGAGCCCGGUCGCGAGCAGCAACAGCAACUCCAGCAGCCGUCAGCCGAUGAUCGUGCAGAACGGGCCGCAGGUGCAGCAGCAGCUCACGCAGCAGAUACAGGCGCUCAGCAUUUACCAGACCGGCAACGGGAACGCGCAGGUCGAGCCGCCGCCCCCGUACCCCGUGGUGCCGUCUUCGUCGGCCGGGCCGGUGCAGCCGCCCUCUUACAGCGCCUCCAUACAGAACCGGCAGAGCCCGACGCAACAGGAUUACCGCAAGAGCCCGUCGUCGGGCAUCUACUCCGGGCCGACAUCCGCCGGCUCGCCCAGCCCCAUCACCGUCUCCACCAUUUCGCCGAACGCCACGCAGACGUCGAUGGCGAGGCCGACGCCGUUGCAGGCGUGGGGCGCGCGACAGGCGAAGACGCAGCCGCCGAUCAUCAUGCAGUCCGUGAAGAGCACGCAGGUGCAGAAACCGGUGCUGCAGACCGCGAUCGCGCCCACCUCGCCCCAGCCGAUCUCGACGACGAGCAACACGCCGCCGCCGCCGCCCUCCUACGCGACCUCCAUCCAGCAGAAGCAGCAGCAACCGCCGCCGGCUUACCCGCCGGUGAACAACGUCGCCGCGGCGUCGGCCGCCGCCAGCAUCGGCGUGCCGACCACCGAGCCGCCGAGCUACGCGACGACGAUGCAAGCGUUGGCGGCGCAGCGCGGCAUGCACCAUCCGCCGCCGCCCUACGGCACACCCACGGAGAACAGCACCACGGCGGUGGAGAGCGGCAGCGCGCCGCGCUCCUCCCCGGUCGCCCACCACCCGCCGCUUCAGAGGAAGUACUCGCCGGCGGACAACUGCGGCCAGCACGCGGAGACGCCGCCGUUGCCGCCGGUCGCCUCGAGCUCCGUUUCCACGAGGACGAGCAACAACCACUCCUCCCUGCCCGACAGCGGCAACAGCAGCGGCAAGAGCGGCAGCGGCGGCGGCGGCGGCGGCGGUAGCGGCGGUUCCUCGCCCUCGUCCUACAAGAUCAAACAUCAGUCACCGAUACCUGAGCGCAAGCACAUGAGCAAAGAGAAGGAGGAGGAGCGCAGGGACUGCAAGGUAAGGAAUUACUCGCCGCAGGCGUUCAAGUUCUUCAUGGAGCAGCACGUGGAGAACGUGCUCAAGUCGCACAAGCAGCGUCUCUACCGGCGUCUCCAGCUGGAGACGGAGAUGGCGAAGAUCGGGCUGAGCGAGGAGGCCCAGUGCCAGAUGAGGAAGAUGCUCUCGCAGAAGGAGUCCAAUUACAUACGGUUGAAGCGAGCGAAGAUGGACAAGUCGAUGUUCACGAAGAUCAAGCCGAUCGGCGUGGGCGCGUUCGGCGAGGUCACGUUGGUGCGGAAGAUCGACACGAAUCAGUUCUACGCGAUGAAGACGUUGCGCAAGGCCGACGUGCUCAAUCGCAACCAGGUCGCUCACGUAAAGGCCGAGCGGGACAUACUGGCCGAGGCCGACAACGAGUGGGUCGUCAAGCUCUACUACUCAUUCCAGGACAAGGACAAUCUUUACUUCGUGAUGGACUACAUACCCGGCGGCGACCUGAUGUCGCUGCUCAUCAAAUUCGGCAUCUUCAAGGAGCCGCUGGCGAGAUUUUACAUCGCCGAGCUCACGUGCGCGGUCGAGAGUGUACACAAGAUGGGAUUUAUUCACCGGGACAUUAAGCCUGAUAACAUACUGAUCGAUCGGGACGGUCACAUCAAGUUGACCGAUUUCGGCCUCUGUACCGGAUUCCGUUGGACUCACAACUCGAAAUAUUACCAGCAAAAUGGUCAUGGUAAGCAAGAUUCAAUGGACCCAGCUGACGAUUGGAACAAGGAGUGUCGGUGCACACAGCUGAAGCCGCUGGAACGUAGGCGACAUAGGGAACAUCAGAGGUGUCUGGCACAUUCUCUGGUGGGCACGCCGAACUAUAUCGCGCCGGAGGUCCUGCAGCGCACCGGAUACACGCAGUUGUGCGACUGGUGGAGCGUGGGAGUGAUUUUGUACGAGAUGUUGGUUGGUUCUCCACCGUUUCUUGCCAAUACGCCCGCUGAAACUCAAUAUAAGGUUAUUAACUGGGAAACGACGCUUCACAUCCCGAAGCAAGCGAAUCUGUCGCCGGAAGGUAUGGAUCUAAUAUUGAAGCUGUGCGUUGGCGCGGAUCGUCGGUUAGGUAAGAACGCGGAUGAGGUCAAGAGCCAUCCGUUUUUCGCGAAUAUCGAUUUCGAGAAGGGCCUGCGCCGUCAGGUGGCCCCGCAUAUACCGCGUAUACAGUAUCCUACCGACACGAGUAACUUCGAUCCCGUUGAUCCCGACAAACUGCGUAACUCUGAGUCCUCGGACUCCAACAAGUCGGACGAACUGUUGGACAAUGGUAAGCCGUUUCACGGCUUCUUUGAAUUCACGUUCCGGCGAUUCUUCGACGACGGUGGCGGCCCCUCGUAUCCCGGCCGAAUAAGCUUGGAUGAUAAUGACAAUCAAGGCCCCGUUUACGUAUGACAUUAGGCUACCACCGGUGCCUUGCUCGUGAGAGCCUUGUUCAUAUCAAAACUUAUCUCGCGCCCUGACUUUUCCAUACUCUGGGAAUCGCGUGUAAAUAUCUAAAAAAACAAAAAAGAAAGGAAGAAGAAGGAAAAAUAAUCUUCGGCAAGUGCGUGUCACGCGCGACUCUCGCGUUACGAAGACUCGCGCCGCGCUGACUCGGCCGCGUUAAUGGAUGCGUGUGCGCGCGCAUGUGUGUGUGUGUGUGCGUGCGUGCGUGCGUGCAUGUGUGUGUGUGUGUGUGCGCACGUUUUGAAGCGCGCAAAAACGGGAGGGUCCCGGACAUACCCCUCAGUUUCAGUCAUUGGAUAUGUCCAAUCACAGCGACCUAUGGUCGGAUAUGUCCCUAGGCAUCGGCCAAUCACACGCCGCGAUCGAACGUGUCCGGUUGAAACUGUGCGCAUCCGGGACUCGCUCCCGGUAAAAAAUUUACGAGGCAAGUCCCUGAUUCGAUGUAGCGGGUUUAUUUUUUUAUCGGACUUUUUACUGUACAGUACUGU